AUGAGCAUCUUCUUCCUAGCUUGCGUCCUGGCGAUAUGUCUACCUAUUCUCAGCGUACAACUUCCCCGCCUCUUUCGUCCUCAUCCUAAACUCUCUACGUCUGGCUCAACACACGAAACAGAAAGCCGACCCCCGCUAUACCAACGGACACCAUCCCUACGACGGCGCUUACGAUCGCGAAGGGCAACCGCUUCGUCACAAAGUUCGCGCGCGAAAAGUAGAAGGGAGGCGACGGACGGUGCAGAUAGCGGAACCGGAGCGAGCGAAACAGGGUCGGAAGAGAUCCACAUCCAGCCGACAUCGCCGACGAAACUACUGAGUCCAGGUCAGGAAGGGAAGGGGAAGGAAAGGGCCGAUGGAAAAGAACCCGGGAGAAAGCCCUGGGAUCCGCCAUUCCCCAGACGCGUAGAGACAAAGGACGGCAUCAAGGAAAGAGGUACAUGGCGCAUUAUGCCUCCUACACCACCACGUAAGUCGGGGAGAGAGAUGGAAGCAAACGGUGUGGCGAGAAGGCUGUUCCCGGCGGACAGCAAUGACAACGGCGGGCAUAUUGACGAGGAACAACCACCACGCCGAUCAAGCGAAGCCGAAAACCAGACAGUGCCAGUGUCUGUAUCCCCGCCCACGCAGGAUCCAGUGCCAGAGUCUGUAGCUCUCACCACAACCGACUCUCCCAAAGCAAAGAAACGACAUGGAAAGAAGGACAGGGUGAUGUCGGGUGUGUGGCUCUGUCUGGGAAUCCUAGGAUUCCUACUGUUUCUCUUCAUAUUUGCCAUCCUCAUAGCGCACUGCCUGGCAUGGUUCCUGGUGUACAAGACGGAAGCGAGACUGGGAGAUGCACGGCGAGGCAUCAUGAAAAGCGGAGAUAUGAGGCUUUGCUUAUGCGCAUCUUAA